AUGAACUCUGAUGCGAGUUUGAUUACUACGCUCAUAGAGAGGUGGCGACCCGAGACGUCGACCUUCCAUAUAUUGUUUGGUGAGAUCACGAUUAGGUUAGAGGACGUUGUUACACUGUCCGGUCUGGCGAUCGACGGUGAUGCCGUCGUAGUUGAUAUACCGGAUGAGGAGUGGUCGGCGACCUGUUUGAGACUGUUAGGACGGGUUCCGGCUGAUCUUUCAAGCGGUGUCGGUGUCAUUAGGACUGUUUGGCUGAGGGAUAAGUUCAGUCAUUUGCCGGGAAAUGCAUCACCGGAGGUUAUAGAGCAGUUUGCACGAGCUUAUGCUCUAUCUCUUAUGGGAGGUGCACUGUUCCCGGAUCGUUCUGGAGCUACGGUGCACCUACAGUACCUACUUCUUAUUGAGGAUUGGCAGAGAGCUAGACAGUUCUCCUGGGGAGCUACUGUUUUAUCCUACCUAUACCGUGAGAUGGGUAGGUCGGCUUUGCACAUUACGCAUUCCGGCACUUCUCUAGGCGGUGACCUUGGUGGAUGGGUCGCCUUACUACAGCUCUGGGUGUGGGAGCGAUUCCCACAUCUGGCAGCGCGACAUUUAGAGACGAGGGCACAUAUUUCCGAGGAUGCAUCCCCACGUGGUCUUCGAUGGCUUCCGGCCAACACUCGUCAGUAUGGUGACCAGCUAUUCUAG